GGAGGCCACACAGGACCAAGACCACCCCCUGCAGCCUCCAGCAGCCCUCGUCAUGGUCCAGCCGGCAGAGUCACCAGCUCGCUCGCCGCCGCUGCCACCACCCGCAGCUGCCCUGCUGCCACCGCCGCCGCCGCCGCCCGCAGCUGCCAUGCCGCCGCCGCCGCCGCCGCCGCCCCCGCUUGCAGCAACUAAAGCCCCCGCCCCAGAGGAACAGGAGGAGAUGCCCAGACCAGCCUUCCUCCCUCCCCCACCACCUGCUGACAGCGCUGAGCUGCUGCCUGAGUCCUGGCGGGCAGCUCUCACUGUAGAGCAGCAGCAGUGGAUCGGUCGGGUGCUGUUUUCCAGGGACAGCAGGGGGAGGUCUCGGCUCAUCACCGAGCUGAACCUCUGGCACCACCCGCCCCAAACCCGGCCGGUCUACAGCCAGCCUCCCGCGUCCCCCGACCCCUUCUUUGCAUGUCGGCUGUUUCUCUGGAUGCCGCACCGUAUCUGGCAUCUGCAGCUGACAUGCCCCCAGCCUUUGUGCACCGGGACCAUGACAAAGGCUGGGCUGUACAGGACCAUCCGGAGGGUCCUGGACAUCGACGGCUGGUAUCUCAUGGCCACGGAGUACCUGGAGUGCCGUCGGUGUAAGAAGAAGGUCGUGGGGUGGUCACAGGGCAUCAUAAGGCAGCUGUCCCCCACCUACAGCUGCCAGUUUCCAGCCAUACUUACGUACAGGCUGUCCUGUGACCUGAGGGUGGUUGCACAGCUGAGGUCCCGCACUCUGGGCAACGGUGCUAAUCGGCUGUUCAACACCCUGCGGGAGAACCACUCAAACGCCUGGAUGCGGAGAGCGAUCCAGUACCUCGGCGUGUGCGAGCAGUUCCUGGCCUUGUGCUCGGUGAGGGGGCGGUUUCCACCGCCGCCCCAGAUGCCCCCUCUGCCCUCACCCAUCUGGCUGCUGACGGUCUACAGCUACGACGUCCUGACGCGGCUGGAUGAGUACAAGGCCAGGAUCACGUCCACCUUCGGAUCCAUCUUGAAGAUGGAUUCCACCAAGAAGGUGACGAAGAAGCUCGCAGGUACCGCCUCUGACACGGCCGCCUGGGCUACUAACGUCGGCAACGAGUACGGGCAGGUCCUCAUGAGCGUCCUCACCUGCUCCGAGAGCUCCGAGGGCCUGUCCGGGAUGGCGGCCGGUUUGAUGAGGCGGUACCAACUCGCCGGGGUACCCCCCCCCCAGCUGAUCUACGUGGACCGCGACUGCUGCAGUAGAGACGGCGUGUCGAAGACGGCUGCCUUGUUUCCGGAGUGGGGACAGCUCGUGGUGAGACUGGACAUCUGGCACCUGAUGCGACGCUUCGCAUCAGGUGUCACCACAGAAACCCACGAGCUGUACCCCCCCUUCAUGAGGCAGCUGUCUCACUGCAUCUUCGAGGUGGACCCCAGAGAUGCCCGCCGUCUCAUCGAAGCUAAGCGGUCCCAGCUGGAGGGGAGGCACGGGACGGUUGCGCCGACCGACGCCGAGGUGAUCAAGAGGAUCACAAAGAAGGAGUGGAGGCUCCACUGCCGUCGCCGGACGCGUGGGCCCGAGGAGUCGACACUCCUCAUCCAGGACCUCCUCGACACCUUCGGCGGACCGGCGGGGCGCAACACCCUGGACGUCCCGUUGCUGAACGCUCUCCGCAUCCAGGACAUCUGGAGUACGCAGAGGGCCCACCUCAGCUGCAUUCAGGACCCACCGGGUGUACAGCUCUACACCCAGACCGGCAGGCUGACAAAGGGCGGAGUCAGCCUGCCGGUCUAUCGCUGCGCGAGGGGCUCCACGUCUUUGGAGUCCUUCCACCUCCACCUCAACCGGUUCAUCCCAGGGACCCGCGCGAGUGCAAAGCACUUCCAGGCGUUCCUGGUUGAUGGACUGGCGAGGUGGAACGAGGACCGCGCAGCAGCGGCAGCAGCAGCAGCUGAGGUACAGGAGGGUCCUCUGCACUCCUACAGUGGCCACCUCAAGCACGUCCUUAACCAGAAGAGCCAAAGGGUGCUUGGCCUUCAGAUGGUUAAGGACUUCACCAAGCCUGCUGAGUACACAGGGGAGCUCAUCGGGGUGGAGUACCUGUACCAGCAGACAGGCAGAGUGCUUGAGGAUGUCAGCUUGGACCCUGACACUCCGGACGAGGCUGAUGCCGUCGAGUCGCUGGAGGAGGAGGAGGAGGAGGACGAGGGUAUCGGGGAGGACGUCGAGGACCCCACCGUCUUCGAGCCCGAUGCCCCCUCCACCGGCACGGCGGCGGCAGCAGCCCGGUCAGGCGAUCCAGCUGACGCACCCAGGUCUGAGCCAUCCGGUCCAGCCGCCCCUGACCAAAAUGCCCCUCCCGAGGCCCCAGAGGUUCAGGCUCCUGCUUCCCAGCAGCCCUCCUCAGACACCGAGGAGGAGAAUGUCACGGGUCCUGACGGCCAGCCGGGAUAUGAGCGUGUCCUGAAGCUGGCCCGGGCCCUGGUGGAAACACGGAGCCUUCUGGGGCUUUCUGACAGAAGGGUAGACCGACUCAUCCUGCUCUGGAAUCGCCUGCCAGAGCAGGACAAACAGCGGGUCGUCUACCCUCCCAGAUACCGGGAGAGGCAGCCUAAGGGGCGGUUCAAGGCAGCGAAGGGGAAGAGCCCCGCCUUUCCUGGCAAGGAGAGUGUGGAACGCUGUCUUCUUGGACCGUACUCGGGCCCUGCAACUUGGCCCAGCACCAGCCGCCUGGUGGAGGCCAUUUGCAGCCAGCUCUGCCAGCUCCACCCGGCGGCCACGCGGUUCGGGGGGGUCACGAGGACCCGCUGGUCCCUCGUCCUCGCGGACUACGUGGCCAUCAGAGAGGCAGUGCUGGCAAGCUCGAGGAUGAUGGCUCAGACUGAAAUCCAGCUGUUUGAGCUGAAUCAGAGGACCCUGUCCCAGUGGUUCUCUCGGCGCCAGAAAGACGCGGGGAGGGACAAGCUGCUGCAGGGAACUGGCGUCGUCCCUGCAGUAGCUAUCGCCGUCCAGCCUCUCCCUCCAGCUAAAGGGCUGUCCUCUGUACAGGUGGGACAAGGACAGCCCUUCAGCUUCAAUGUCCCCGAGGACCAGCCAGGACCCUCGCAUCAGGGUCCCGCUCCUCCCCCUCAUCCAGAAGAGGAGCAGCCAGGACCCUCGCAUCAGGGUCCCCGUCCUCCCCCUCAUCCAGAUGAGGAGCAGCCAGGACCCUCAUCUGCUGGCCAGCCUCCUCUUCCUGUACCAAAAAAACUGUCCCGGUCCACUAUGUACAGGAAGAGGAAGGCGGCCGAAGCCGCUGGAGGGCCGCCGCCACCCGGGAGCAAAAUCCGCCGGCCGACUGCGCAGUACACCUGCAGCAAGUGUGGCCAGCCCAGGACGCUCGACACCGGCCACACUCGCAUUGGAGGAGUCGCGUACUGCGCAUUGACCGGCGGAAAAACUGUGGAGGAAUGGAGGGAGGAAAUGAGGACACGGGGGGGAGACCAGGGCGGGGACUGAGGGACAUUUGAGAUGCAGCUCAGCACUGUGGGUCAACAGGAAGAGGAACACCAGAGAAAAAGCCAUGCUGUGAUUUGGAAUAAAAAACUUUUGACUUUUGCUCUAGGUCUCUAGUU